AUGACCUCGACGAAAGCUCACGAAUUAUUACCGUACAAAGCCGAGGAAUUCCGCAAGCAGGAAUACUGGGACCAUUUUUUUCAGAAACGUGGCGAAAAGGCGUUUGAAUGGUAUGGAGAUUAUAACUCACUGCGUUCCGCGCUGCAGUUUGUGCUAAACCUUCCCGAUAAAGCGCCGCCAUCUUUGUUACGUCGACUUAAGGCUAAAUUGCGCGUGCUGGUUGUGGGCUGUGGUAACUCGGCGCUUAGUGCAGAUCUAGCGGCUGAUGGUUUUUCGAAUUUAUGCAGUGUGGACUUUAGUGAGCUUGUUAUCAACGAAAUGCGGCGCAAACAUCCUUUACUUCAGUGGCAGGUGAUGGACAUGACAGAUAUGCGCACACUGGAGGACGCUAGCUUCGAUUUAGUCAUGGAUAAGGGUGCCCUUGAUGCUUUAAUGGCCGAAAAUACGGCUGAGAUUAAACAAGACGCCAACAAGAUGCUACGAGAAGUACGACGUGUGCUCGCUCCGGGCGGCCAUUACUGUUGUGUCACCAUGGCACAAGACUUCAUUCUACACCACGUUCUCAGUUUUUUUAGCAUGAAAGAUGAAACAGAGACAGAGCCGACGCACUGGAGCGUAGGCGUACAGGAACUUCCGCAUGAUAGGCGCAAACCAUUUGUUCCAUUUCUUGUAGCGGCGCUUAAGUGUUCAAAGUCAGAUCAAAAGACAGCGAAAAAAGCGCAGUAUGACGCUAAGCAAUUUGUCAGUGAAGUUGGCGAGGUACGUCUACAGUGGCUAACGCACGAGGUGGAAGCCACGCAAUGGUUUGCUAUGAAACAGAUGGCGCUACGUCAGCUAGAGGUCGGACGACAGGAGACGAUUGAACUUAUUGCCAAUAAGGUAGACGCGACCAAUAAGAUAGGUCAAACGAUCAGCUCGCAUAGUCAAGUCAAUCCACGUUUCACAUUGCGUUUAGUCGAUGUCUAUAUGCGCGGACCAAAUGGCAGCUGUGCAGUGUUUUUAAUUCCGCAAGGUCGUGAGCAUGAGUGGAUGUUUUCGACGGAGGAGGGAGCGAACGAACUUGCUGCUGGAGCUGGAUUCAGUCGCCUUAUUAUUGUCGCACUUGGCCGUAAUGGUCACGACUUUGAGAGCACUGCCAAGGUGCAGGAAGAGCUCAAUGCUAAGGUGAUGGAAUUGGCUCCUGACACACUAAGCCCGGAUGAGAUGAUUCCGUAUCUGACGCUAGAAGAAGGUCUUGGUUCGCGGAACAUUAUACACCGGGGUGCAUCAUCACUCAGCGGUGCAUUUUUCGUGGAGGAGACUGCGGAAAACGGCGAAACGCUGCGUCGUCUAGUAUUUCUCUCCAAUACUAAUGUUAUACAAAGUGAGGUGAAAGUAUUGCCUUGUGAUAGUACUGCAUCUGCCGCUGCUGCCAAGUUGGCUCCGUCUGAGUCUUCCGCAGUUGAUAAUUCUAUCGACAUGACAUUCGAAAAGAAUGCAGCUGAACCAAGCAUGAACAAGAAGAAAAGAUCGAAGAAAAAAAAGAAAGCGCAGGCCAAAGUGGCUGGCGUGGACACUUCUUUCUUGGCGUUUGAGUAUCAUAAGGGCAUGGUUGCAUCGCUGCACGCGGCUUCAUUGUCUUCCAGAUUAUCAAUCGAAACUCCGCACCACAGUUUGGUGCUUGGUCUUGGUGGUGGCUGUCUGGCACAAUACUUGCAUGAUAAUAUCCCAGGUAUGCAUGUGACGGCAUGUGAGUUGGAUCCAACGAUUGUAACAGUGGCAAAGCAAUACUUUGGAUUCAAGCAAGACCAGCGAAUGCGCGUAGUUGUGGCUGAUGCACUGAAAUACGUAGCAGAGCAAACUAUGAAUGCAAAGAAGCCGAUUUUCAAUUCUAUCAUUGUGGAUGUGGAUGCCAAACAGCGCGAUGUAGGCAUGAGUUGUCCGCCGGUAAGCUUCGUGGAAGAGACAUUUCUGACUCAAGCUCACAGCUUGCUCGCCCCCCGUGGUGUGCUCCUUAUCAAUGUUUCCUGUCGAGACAGCAGUUUGUACAAGAGUAUCAUCGCGCGACUGCGUCGUGUCUUUUCAGGCUCGCGUGCCGUGCUGCAAUUAAAGCCGAGCGAGCAAGAUGUGAAUAGCGUGGUUUUUAUUCGUAAGGCUGACUCAAACGAGCCCAAUGCAACGACGCUAUUGCAACAGCUGCAUGGAUAUGGUCGCCAGCGUGAUCAGACGCAGAGUGCACUACAGUAUGUUGACGAUGAGCUGUGCGAACUUAUUCAAGGCAUUCAAAUUAUCAAGUAG